GUAAAUUAAGAUUUGGUUCAAAUCACAAUUUGGUCGGUGACAAUUUUAAGACGUAAAUUAUUAAUUAUUUUGCAAAUUACUAAUUUAAGUUUCAGAUAAAGUUCUUGUCGGUAAAUGAAUGUCUAGGUCCUAGCUGUACUUUGUCAGUGAAUAUUUACAGAGAUAUAUUUUGUCGGUAAUUUACCAACGUGACUCACCUGGAAUGAGCUCUGGUAGUAUGGUUCCGGCAAUCAAUUAAAGACAUGCUUUUUGUCGGUAAUUUGGAGGAAUUUACCGAUGUGAAUUUAAGUCACGUCGGUAAAUUGAUUACCGAGCAGACUUACACCGACACGACUAUCACCGACAUAAUUCUUGUUGAAAAUGUUUUUUACCGACAAGAUCCCCUUUGUUUUCCGACAUGGCUUCUUCUCGGUGAUGCUGUGAAUUCUAGUAGUGAUAGGGGUUGAAUUGCACCUGCAAUGAAAAUGAGCGGUUGCU